AUGUCUAGGCCUUUGUGGCUUAUGAUGGGCACAGCGUUUAAAAUAGAAAAGACAACUACUAGUUUGACGGCGACCUCGGCAGAGCGUACCUUUUUCCUGACUGCCAAACACACCUUUAUCCCGUGGAGCUGUUCCAAGGCUGCCGCUAGUCUCAAGAUUCCCGAGGCGUACCGCAAGUCACGCUACGUUGUAGGGCGGCUUUACGCAGCCCUAGAUGAUACUAUUCCCCAGCAUGCUGAUGCUCCCUGUUUUGCUGAAAUUAGUCUCAUUUCGAGCCACCCGACGCUUGAUGUAGCUUUGCUGGCCACCCAAACCUUCUCCAGCCAGUUGAUGGAGCGGACCAUUGCCCAGGCACCCCCGCUGUCUCUGUGUCCUCACGAGGCGAUGCCUGGGAAGGGAGCACGCUGUGUUAUCAACGGUUUCCGUGGGGAGGGAAGGUUGGGGGAACUCGAUACGUUCGAUCCAGACUUGCUUCAAAAAAUGGCGCCCAAGGAAAGAGAAGCGCUUCUCAAGGAGUUGGAGUCUGUAGAGGGCAAGCAAGUAGCGGCUAGCACCUUUGUGGAGGUAUUGGAUCCUCUAGGAAUGUGUCACGGUGUUGGAGAUAAAAAUCAGUGUUUUCAUGGUAUGUCGGGGUCACCGCUAUUAACGUUUGUUGACAGACAAAUCAUGUGCUUUGGGGUGCUGUACGGUAAGCAUCCUGAUUUUCCACAUAACAUUGGCUUUACGCCAUCCAGCGCCAUUCUCCCAUGGGUUCAAGAUGCUAUUCGAUGA